AUGUUGACGUAUUUCGCCGGGACAAAUCAGUGGUUCGCCGAUGGACACGAGGCGAUCAAGGCCGAUGGAGAGGUAUUAGAGAGAAAGAGAUUGGCUGAGCAUCAACUGGAGCUUUCCUACAGGCGUGGUCUUGGAAAGAGGGGCUCGAUUUCAUGCAAAUUGACGGCUCUGUACAAUCCGGCAAACGUGACGCCGUUCAGACCAAGUUCAACAAUGCGAGAAAUUUGAGGGCGAGGUAUGCUACAAAAUAAGAUUCUGGUCGCAUUUGGAAUGACUCGAAGCGUUGCGGUCGCAUUUCUUAGGGAUUGCAAAAGAUUUACAGUCAAGAAUUUGAUGAAUUUUCGCUGAGAAGUACUCUAGGAAAUUCUACUUUUUAUUCAGCCAUCAAGUACUGCCUUUUAGUAUGGUUACAGUGUUUUUCGCGACUUGAAAGGUCGGAACUUCUCUGCGACCUCCUCGUCUCUCAACAACACUCUCAUGUUGACGUGCUAUAGUCUGUUCAGAUUCUGAAUGUCAAGUUAUGAAUUAUUUGAAGGAAAAUGACGUCAUUCGAAAACACUAUAUAGGUGGCUCGCUCUCUGACUCGUUAUAUCGCACAAUUAGAGGCGGAGCUUGAGCGACGACUUGACAUUCACAAUCUGAACAACAGACUAUAUUUUCACUUUUCUCUGAACUCGUCGGUGAGAGAACAGAGAGACGCAGAAACUUUCGGUCGGAGUCCUUAUGCUCAAAAAUACAGAUUGAUGUUGAUUUCGACAAGAGCCGGAUCUCUGGGAACGAAUAUGGUGGCCGCGAAUCGUGUCGUCAUUUUCGACGCAUGCUGGAAUCCGUCGCACGACACUCAGUCCCUUUUCCGAGUUUACCGUUUCGGACAAACCAAGCCUGUCUACAUCUAUCGGCUCAUCGCUCAUGUAAGGAUGAAAGUGAAAAAAAAUCAAAAAUUUCCGAAAAAUUGGAUUGGUUAGACAGAGAGGACCCUGCAAGACCUAGGUUCGUGAAAACUGGGGAUGAUUUUGUAAACCUCAAAUGCGGGGUCGCGCCGAGGAAAUGCAAGAUCGGCGCGGCUACGAAGCAGCACUUUUUUGUUUGCGACAUCGAUUUUAUCUCGAGAGUUUUCAAAAAUGAAGGAAAGGUGGUGGCGCUCCUAGGAGUCCUAAUUGAUAUAAAUCAUCGAAAGUUCUUGAAACUGUACUUUCGACAGACUAAAUCAUAUAUUUUUCUAAUUCAAACUUAGUUUUAUCUUCCCAGGGUACAAUGGAAGAACGGAUCUACAAGCGUCAAGUGACAAAAGAAUCGACGUCGAUGCGAGUCGUCGAUGAGGCUCAGAUUCAGCGUCACUACGACGGUCACGAUCUUCAGGAGCUCUACCAGUUCGUCAAAAAAAAUCUCCGACUUUGAUAUACUUUUUACUGUCUCUAACUAUUCUAACUAGGAAACGUUUUUUUUUCUCGUUCCCGAUUUAUGGAGCUUCGAGCUUCGCAAAAUACGCAAAUUAUGACAAAAAAGCGCCAUCUCAAGCUUUCGAAGCGUCUUAACUCGAAAACCAGAUCUAUAGCAAGAAUUUUUUUUCUUUUUUGGUUUCCUUAGUAAAAUUGUAAUUUCCUCCAUUCCACGUCUCGAGUAUCCAUUUCCACUUCGAAAUCUUCCAGAUUCAACCCGAGUGAGCUGGACGAGGAUGAAGACAUAAUACCGACCUUUGCGCCGCCUAAGGUAGCUUCAAAAAAAAGUUCAAAAAACUGAAAAAAAAUUUCCAGGACCGUCUCUUGGCUGACGUUCUUCGCGCCAACAAAACCGCUGUCGUUGAUUAUUUCCAACAUGACACCUUGUUCGCGCAAGUUGAGGAGGAGAAACUCACUGAUGAGGAGAUGAAAGACGCCUGGGACGACUAUGAACGGGAGAAGGUACUAAGAAAAGAUAAAGGAAAAUAGCCAUUUCAGAUCAUUAGUUAGUAGGGUUACUGAAUUCUCAAAGAAUAAUCAAAAGUUAAAAUCCUAUGACGCAUUUCGAAGAGAAAAGUGGCCUGUUUAGUGUAGGGAAAAAUGACUGAAGCGAAAAAUCAGCUAAGCUCUGAAGAGGAGCCAGAGUAGCUGGAGAAGUUUCUUUCUCUGGGGUCUCUCACUCUCACUUGGCUCUGGGUAAUUGCUUCAGUGAUUUUUAUCAUUUUUGGCUAGAAUGACACUAAAAGCUCAAUUUUAUGAGUUGAAGUUCAAAAGACGCUACAGGAGCUAGAGAACCCACAAAAUCUUCAGAGUUAAAAAUGUUACUACAAAGAUCAGAAUUGCAUAAUAUUCUGAAGCUUUCUCGGUAUAUCCAAGAAUUUGAAUGGAAUCUGUGACAGAAUUUUUUUUCAAACCAAGCUCGGAGGAUUUUUUGAAACUUGAAACCCUAAGUAUUUCGAAAAUUCAACUUUUCCAGACGCAACCGGCGGUCCGAAUCACGGCCAACGCUUCCCUGGCCCCUGCUGUGCUCCAAAGAGCCCAGGCCGCUCAGAUGGCUGAUGUUCGUUUCUUUUGAUUUUAUACUUUCCAAAAAAAAAAAGAAAAAAAAAAUUAAUUUAAUCGUUUCAGAUCACGAAAUUGCUGCGAGACGUCGUGUUCAUGGAGUGUAUGAAGGUGCCGCAAAUGGACGUUGAUCGCGCAUUGAAGGUUAGAAUUUUUGUUAUUCUACUGUAGUGGCCCCUGUAGAGCCGCCUUUGAGUGAUCAGUAAAAUGUUUUUUGAAAAAGGCUCUGGAAUAACUAUCUUCGAACUUUAAUAAGACAGGUGAAAGACCUUCAGGGAUGAUUCUCGAAGUGGCCACUUAAGAGAUAUGGUUUUUUUUUCUUGGAUCUCUCACUGGACUACUAAGAGAAUUUUUUCACUUAAAAAUUUAAAAAAAAGGAAAAGAAAAUUUACAGUGAUUACUGAUAAAUCUCCUCUAAGUUACUACUAAAGGGAAUUUGUAAAAAAAAUUUUUUUCGUCUUCUAAAGAGAUCAGAAAAAGUUUCGAAAGUCUCCAGACUUUUCUACAAAUUUUUUCAAAUUCAAAUCAGUUUGCCUAUUAUUUUCAGGUAACCUAUUUGAAAAAAGCGCUCGAUGAUCUGAUGCCGACGAUUCCGAUGGAGAUGCGCGGCGGAAUGAACGAGUUUGGAACGCAUUUCAUUCGACAGAUUCAUGUUAGUGAGGAUAGCCAAGUGACCUCUCUAAGGUCCAAAUUUGACCGAAUAAAUCUUCAAGAUUAUCUUCAAAAUUCACAUCCAAGUGAGCCUACUAGUCGCAUGAGAAGCAUGCUGGCGAUGAUAACCAAUUCUCUUUUUUUACGUUCCUAAAGUGCUCACUUGGGGUUUCAAAAUAGUUGUGGAGGUAAAUUGGAGUGAUCACUGGAGGUUACUAGAAAAAAGGCUUCAAUUAGCGUUACUAACAAACUCAAUGAAGAAAAACCACUUAUUUUCUUUACAAGGAGGGUCAUUUCACUUUGCGGUUGAGGAUACCUUGUGAAUUGUCCAGAAUAUUUAUUUGUGAUCAUCUACAACCUUUUCCUAGGCCCGAGGGCCAAGGCCGCCCAGGCGCCUAAGCCUGCGUUUGGGAAAAAAAAAUCGCGCAAGUUUUCAGAUGAAAAUGAUCAUCCUCGUCAGAUUAGAGAUUCUGAACUGAAGUUUCAGAACGCGACGGCGAACCACGACGUCCCGCAGCAGGUGCUGACGCGCGCCGUCGAGACCUUCCAGACGGUGGUCAAGAUGACCAGGCAGAUCCCCCAGUGUCAUACGAUGCUCCGACAUCUCUACCAGACCACGCCCCAGUUCUUCGACCCCGCCGCACCGCCUUUUCCAUAA